UCAUCUAUGUAUAACGAUUUUUAUCGUUACCGAUUUCAAUCAUCUGUUUAACUGCAUCAUUGAUAUUCCCCUUAUCAAUUUUCCAAGAGAAUUCUUUUCUUAUUUACGUUAAUCGAGUGUCUUUCAGAACACUUUGUGCAGCCGUUAUGCAAACUUUUAAUUCUAUUUAUCAUUGGCUUUUUAGUAUUAAUGUUUGGUAGCCUCAGUGAUGAAAGGUUAUAGUGUUGCUCGGAAUAAUUGCAAACUUGUUUAGUAAGAAUUCGUUCAUAGAAGGAGAAUUCAAUGGGAACGUUAUAGGAUUUAUUCAAUGAGUUGAGAGAUUGAAUUAGAACUUUCUAAUCUAUAUAGAAGAAUAAUUUUGAUGGAAAAAUCAACAAUGAUUAGCAGUGUGCUAUCGAGUAUCUCAGGCGCUGUAAAUGCAUCUGAGGACGCACUUCGUCUUAUUAUCUCCAUUUUCCUUGUUAACUAUGACAGUUAUGAGUCUUAGGAUUACCCAUCGCCCUUCUUCACAGGUACAUGUUAUAUGGAAAGACUCCAGUUUAUCAGCAUUUAUAUUUCAUAAUUUGUGGGGUUUUAACCUGCUACUGGAAUUUUGGAUUUGAUACGGUUCAUUCAACAGUAGCAUUAUGCUUCACAUAUUUUAUCUUGAAACUUCUUGGUGGUACUUCCGCAUCAGUUUUUAUCACUCUUGUCUUCAACAUGAGCUAUCUUUUAUAUGGAUAUUAUGCGACAAGUACAAGUGAUUACGACAUAAAAUGGACUAUGCCCCAAUGCGUGUUAACUCUACGAUUAAUUGGUCUCGCGUUCAAUGUAUUGGACGGAAGAAAAUCCGAAGACAAGCUGUCUGCUUCGCAAAGAAAAGUGGCUUUGAAAGAGAAGCCAACAUUUUUGGAAAUUGCAGCAUAUAUGUAUUUUCCAGGGUCAUUUCUAGUCGGGCCACAAUUCAGUAUGAAAAGAUAUCUGGAUUACGUAAAUGGACGACUUAUGGAUGACAAUUCUAAGAGAAACCCUACUGAAUUACCGGAUUGCGUUGUUCCUGGUAUUUCUCGAAUGGGCGUUGGAAUUUUAUACAUGGCGCUUUACCAAUUAGGAUCCUCAUACAUCUCGGAUCAGUAUCUUCUAGGUUUAGAAUUCCGGAAACAAUCCUUCUUAAAGCGUCUUCUGCUUCUUGGAAUUUGGGGGCAAAUAAAUCUUUAUAAAUAUAUUUGCUGUUGGCUUCUCACUGAAGGGGUCUGCACAACCUUUGGUCUAACAUACAGUGGUAAAGAUGACAAAGGUCAACCUCUUUGGAAUGGUUGUGAAAACGUGAAACUGUUAACUUUUGAAACAGCAAAUCGAUUUAAUCAUUAUAUCAUGUCAUUUAAUAUAAACACCAAUACUUGGUCUGCCGAGUACGUUUAUAAGAGGGUGAAAUUUCUGGGAUCAAAACUGUAUAGCCAAUUUAUCACGUUACUCUUUCUGGCAGUGUGGCAUGGAUUACAUUCGGGAUAUUAUGUAUGUUUCUUCCUUGAGUUUAUCAUCAUGUACGCUGAGAGAGAUUUGACUGCGAUGCUGGAGAAACAGGAGAAGCUGCAGAGUUUAUUAAAAGCCCAUCGCGAACUUCGGAUCCUGUUUUGGAUACUUACAAAAAUUUAUACAUUUGUUUUCAUGGGUUAUUGUCUCGUGUGUUUCGUUUUAUUAUCAUUUUCUCGUUACCAUCAAGUUUAUUCUUCCGUUUACUACUGUGGUCACAUAAUUUACCUGUCGUAUCCAAUUGUUUCUAUAUUAAUUAAGAAAUUCCUUCUUAAAAAGGCUUCCAGGAAAUCGGAGUAAAUAGGCGAAUUUUUAAGGGACUAAUAUGUGAUAACUUUUUUUCUCGAUUGUUUUGUUAAGGCAGAAUUCUUCGUGUGUGAAAAGUAAACAAAUUGUAUAGGUAUAAGAAACAUUUACAUAUUAUGUUUUUAGACGAUGAAUAAUAAUUUUUUAUAUAGUUAGAGAGUAAUAAACACUUGCAAUUUACGUACAAAUAGGAA